CUUGUUUGCAUUAUCUCUAGGUGUCUUUGUUUGCAAACUAUCCUAAAUUUGAUUCUUCUCAAGCAGGUUGUAGACCUCAGCAGCAAUGCUUUGACCACGGCUAUAGUGACAGUCACUGCUCUCGAGUGUCCCCAUUUGGAGGUUGAUUUGUCUGUCAGCCCAUGGCAGUGUGACAGUGGCCUGGCGGUCUUCCAGAGUUUCAUCUCUAAAUCCCGGAGGGAAGAAUGGGAUACAAUUUGCAAUAAAUCUGUAGGGAAUAAGGAAGCACAUCUGGAGAUUCCCACAAGCAGAAUUUCUAGGGAGACUCACUUCCCUUGCAUUACUCUAAACCAGAAGAAAAACCUCACAGGGAGCAAUCAGAGACCCCAGGGAGGAACCCACAUACACUUUUCCAUCCAGGAGGAGACACACACGUGCACUGACCCCAUGGCAGUUCAGGGACAGCCACCACGAGGGCUCAGAGAUGUCCGAGACCUGCAGGCCGCAGGCGGGAGCGAGGAGGAACCCCAGGACCUCGCCUUGGCUGUCUGCCUGUCUGUGUUCAUCACAUUCAUCGUGGCUUUCUGCUUGGGGGCUUUCACAAGGCCCUAUAUUGACAAACUGUGGCUGAGAUGCCGGAACACAAGGAACAAAAGCCGUGGCUCAGAUGAUGCCCACACAAACGAGGGCUUCUACGAUGGAGUUGAAGCUACAGGGAGCAUGCAGCGCCCAGGGGCGGGUCUGCACCAAGCUUUUCAUCGUCCAGGCCUCUAUGAGAACGAGGAUCCUUUCUUGGCACCAGAGCCAGUCCCAUAUGCCACUGUCAUUCUUGAUAGACAUUCAGGAAGCAGCAGAAAGGAGCCCGGCAGUCAGAACUCGGAACAACUCAGGGACAACCAGAGGGCAGGAAGUAGAUAUGAUAGGGUGCUUUUAAAUGGCAGUGUAGCUCAUUCUGCUCCCCACAAACAAUCAGAUGCUGGUAAUAGUCAACUAAGUUCAGCAGCACAGGGCCACAUAUAUAGGAAUGACAUUCUCAAUGAAUUAGAUUAUGAAACUGUGGCCCCAGAAUACUCUCCCAGUGAGUGUUCAGUGAGCAUCUCUUCUGCAGAUGGCACAUUACCAACUCUGUCUACUUUCUCCGGCUUCACCUGUAAUGAUAUGAAUGAAAUAGAUCCAUCGUUGUCAAGAGAAAUGCCCACACACACAAAAGAACUGAGGGCUGGAGAGAGUAAGGAAGUAGGGGGCCCUAACCAGUCACCUUUGGAAACUCAGGGCUCGCAGAUGGAAUCCUCUAUGGGAACACCAGUGAGCCAUUCCAACAGCUUCCUGGGCACGCAGCAGCCAGGACUCUGGGAGGCUGGUGCUGAAGGAGAGCUGCCAGCUUUUGGUAAGGUGGUCACACACAGUGAUACAGGACACGUGGAUCCAUCAGCCCUUCCACCAAGGUGGGGCAGUGGCCCCAAUGUCACUGCUGAGUGGCCAGCACAGAAAGAUGCCCCUCCUCACCCUCAGUACAGUAUGGAGAGUGACUACGAUUCUGAUGAAGGGUCUUUGUUUACCCUCAGUUCAGAGGGCUCAGACAGUGCAAGGGAAGUGACUGGAGAAGAAAUACCUGGCGAAGGGGAGAGCUGUGGGGCCUCUGAGCCCCUACAGGGUGAGGACUUUGUGGUGUACAAGGACAGUGCGAUGCCAGGAGAAAGUUUUGAGGACAAGAGCUCCUGCGAGAAGAUUCCUGGGAAAUACAACACUCAGGAAGAUCAUUUUGAAAAUCUCAUUUCUGGUCCAGACUCUGGUUUGUGUAAGAAUCAUCUGGAAAGUUCCUCUAACGCUAAUGAAUCUGAGAAUCCACUAAGCUUGUCCAAAUCCCUGGGUCACAGUUCAAGUGACGAGAUUCCAGACAUGUUAAUUCAUGACGUGAUUUCUCAGCCUGAGCCAGUGCAAUGGCUUUACUCACUUCGAGACCUACAAUUUUCCAAUGUGGACACUUUACCGUCAGUACCACCGCAUUCUGAUGAAAUGUCUUCAGAUCCUGGGAGGAGAGUCUGACGUGAAAGAGACUAAGACAUUUGUAAAUGUGAGCCUGGAGUUUAGGGAAUAGACAGAGCUCAAGAAAGUCCUCCUUUUGAGAUCACUGCAGGGGAAAACUUAAGACACUCACCACAGAAUUCUCAAAGGGACAACCUGGAUGCUAGCUGGGUGGACACUGAUCCAAAUGAGGGGUUUAUAUGUCCACUUGAGGACCAUGAUUCUAGAAAGGCCAUAACUUAGCACGAUUGUUACACUUCUAUGGUGAUGAGCCAGCUCUUCCGUGUGAAAAAGGUGGGGAGAAUAUUUUGGAGAUGGUUCUAAAACCAAGCACUGACUUUACAAGAACUUCCAAAUAAAUUGAGUUCUUUAGGAACGCAGAACAGUUCAGUGAUGGAGACUGGGGUAAAUAACCAGGAGAGAAUCCAUUGCAUUUAGAAAAAGACGAUUCUAACUUCCAUGCUCAAAGUAGUCUGAUGGAAGCUGCUCUCUCUGUGAAGAAUGGCUCCACUGUGACAAAGACAAGGACCUUCAGCUUGAUAAAAGGAACCCCAGUGACACUUUUAGUACAUAUUGAAGCACUUACACAGAAACGCUGAACACAUUUUAAUGACUUCUGCACAAAGACUAGCUCAACUUUGUGGAGGGUGAUCGUGAAGUUGCAAAAUUGGAAGAGUUCACAGCAGUUCUACAUGAUUUUUUAAUAAGUUAUAGUAAAAAGAAGGGGAACCAUUUUCGAGAACAAAAUGCAAAUUGAAAAUAAAUUUUGAGGAAAAGAAGUGA